CGGAAAUAGCGGGGGCAGUGCCAUGGAGAGAGAGUUCCCCAGGACUGCUGCAGCCCACACUGCUGGACGAUUUCUGGUCUUAGGAGGAGCCCAGUUCAGCUAGAAGAUUCUGCUGCGGACGCCUGGGCUUGACUGACGGCAUCGUAUUCUGCUGGAAAGUCACCUGGGGAAACUGCAUCAGAGAAACUCCAGUGUCUACAAUCUCAGCAUCGAUUGUUCAGAUGGUUGAAGAACAGAGGACCUAUAGCAGCAUUGAAUGUGUUUCCAGCAACUACAAUGGCUUCUUUCCAAAGGAAAGGACUGCAAGCAAGGAUUCUUAGCACUGAAGAAGAGGAGAAACUGAAAAGAGACCAAGCUUUGGUGUCUGCUUUUAAACAGCAAAAACUGGAAAAAGAAGCUCAGAAGAACUGGGACCUUUUUUAUAAAAGAAACAGUACCAAUUUUUUCAAGGACAGACACUGGACCACCAGAGAGUUUGAGGAGUUGAGAUCAUGUAGGGAGUAUGAAGGUCAGAAAUUGACUUUGUUGGAGGCUGGCUGUGGGGUUGGGAACUGUUUAUUCCCACUUUUAGAAGAAGACUUGAAUCUCUUUGCCUAUGCCUGUGAUUUUUCUCCAAGGGCAGUUGACUACGUGAAGCAACAUCCUUUGUACAAUGCAGAGAGAUGCAAAGUGUUCCAGUGUGACCUCACUAGAGACAACCUUCUUGACCACGUCCCACCAGAGUCUGUGGAUGCCGUUACACUGAUCUUUGUGCUCUCAGCUGUGCACCCUGAGAAGAUGCGCCUUGUCUUACUAAACGUGUACAAGGUAUUAAAACCAGGCAGAAGUGUCUUGUUCCGUGACUACGGGCUGAAUGAUCACGCCAUGCUUAGAUUUAAAGCCGGAAGCAAACUUGGAGAAAAUUUUUAUGUCAGGCAAGAUGGAACCAGAUCGUAUUUUUUUACUGAUGAAUUCCUGGCGCAGCUCUUUGUGGAUGCAGGUUAUGAAGAAGUGGUGAACGAGUAUGUGUUUCGAGAGACAGUGAAUAAAAAAGAGGGCCUGUGUGUGCCUCGAGUUUUCCUUCAGAGCAAGUUCCGGAAGCCUCCGAAGGACCCAGCCCCUACCAGUGACUCUGCUUCACUUUGAAGAAAAGGACGUUAAACUAUUUUGUAUUUUUUUAUAUUCUGAAUUUUUGAAAAUUGCAUGUGUUAUUUUUGUACUGAGAACAAGUGAAGACUGGGGAGUUGGCUCAGCAGGUAAAGGUGCUAGCUGUGCAAGCUUAGCAACCUGGGUGGAUCAGCAGUCUUAUGUUGAGCCGGAGAGGUGGCUCAGUGGUCAAGAGUGUUGGCUGCUCUUGGGGAGGGCCUGGGUUCGGUUUCCAGCACCCACAUGGCAGCUCACUUCCAUCAGUAAUUCCAGUCCCAGGUAUUGAGUGCCCUCUUCUGAC